CAAUAUUAUUAACUGAUGUUUCGUCGCUUUCCUAGCGGCUACAUUGUAGUCCGUAACUUUUUCACACCGGAAGAACUGGAGCCAUGUCGGCGGGACAUCGAGGUCAUGGUGGAGGAGCUGGCCCAGAAGCUGUACAAAGCUGGCAAAGUGAAAAAUCUGUACAAGGAGUACGGAUUGUUUCAACGGCUUACAAAACUUGAAGAAGAGUUCAAAGGCGCCAACAUCCUGAUGUUUAAAUACCAGCAAAUACCUGCCUCUUUUCGCGCCCUGUGGAGCAACGAGCGGCUUCUCAACCUCCUGGAGCAGAUCCUGGGGCCAGAAAUCGCCGGCCACCCGACGUGGAACCUUCGUACCAAGACACCCUUUAGCGAGGCCGUCAACAUUCCCUGGCACCAAGACAGCGCCUACAUGAGUAAUGAGUCAUAUGACCACUUGAUUGCCACGGCGUGGAUACCCUUUCUUGACGCUAUACCGGAAAAUGGGUGCAUGCAGAUGGCGAAGAACGGCCACAAAAGCGGAAAGGUGGCUGUGCACACGUGUUGCCAAGGCCCCACGUGGUACGUCAUGCUGGACGAACAAGACAUGAAGGAUUCGCUGGGUGUUGACCUCGAAGAAGACAUUCAUGUAGAACCUGUGGAAUACGGCGGAUUUAUUCUUUUCCACAACCUUACUCCACAUCGGAGUUUGCCCAACGUCUCCAACGAUGUGCGAUGGAGCGUGGACCUUCGCUGGCAGUCUCCGCGGGACAACUUUGGUUUUUACGGCAUUCAGAAAGGCAUACUGAUGAGGACGCCAGACCUGCCGGACCUGAAGCCAGACUGGGAGGACUUUCUCAAAGUGGACCGCAAGGCCGUCUGGCAGAAACGUCACAUGAAGGACGAGGGGAUUGAUCCCGACUUCGACACCAGAGUUACGGGCCCUUGGAUCGGCAAAUGGGAGAUUGUGAACCACAACGAGCACACCCGGGCCUUCGUGCCAGCGCCACCAACAGCCCAAGCGUGAUAACCCUAGCAUUCCUGCCUGAUUAUCUGCUCCUGGAAGCGGCUAGCUGAGGACUGUUUAAUUAAGAGUUUAUAUUUCGUCAAACAGUCAUAAUUACGCCACUGAUAACCGUUAGUUGCUGAUGAGAUUUAUUAAUUAAUUACUUCACGUCGUCUAAAAAUUGAUGGGCACCAGAAACGUGCCUUCCUCGCAAUUGAGCAGUGCUGGGAAAGGGGGAAAUAAUAAAAGAGGCUGAACGAUUU